GUAGCCCGUUUACCUUAAAGGUAGAGCUUGACGUAUGGGUCAGAGCUGCCUCCUACAUCCAUGGCAGGCAGCCCUGCAGCCUGCAGGAUUCCUACUACCAGCUGGAGUCGGACCGCAGGGGGUCGGGGAGCAACAGAGAAAAAGAAGAGCUUGCUGAUUGACAGGCUGAUGAAAAGUAUUUCAAACGUUGACAUUUUAGAGUUGGCAGCAGUGUAUGAAUUCCACGGUGAAGGGAUGACGUCCGUGGAGCACCUGCACCUCAAACAUGUCCUGCAGACAGUGUGUGCCCUGGAGGCCGUGGUCCUUCGCAGCUUUGGCCCAGAUGGAGGACAGGUGCUGUUUACUCGCAGCACCGGUCAGGCAAUGUUGAGCCGCAGCGGCACGCAGAUACUCAAAGCUUUGCAUCUGGAGCACCCGCUGGCCAGGGUGGUGGUGGAUUGUGUCUGUAAGCACAGCGCAGUAACAGGUGACGGAUCCAAGACCUUUGUUCUUCUGCUUGCGUCUCUACUUCGAAUGAUUCAUGCCUCAGCCAGCAAGGCGCCCAUUGUGUCUGAGUGCUCUAAGUCCACGGAAGCCGCCGCUGCCAGGCGUUUGGCUGACAAACUGCUCGCAUUUGCAACGUCAGAGCUGGCUGACCUUAUUUCAGUCAGUGUGGUGCCACGUGGAUUCUGUGUUUCAGCAGAGGAUUUCACCACAAAAACACAGCCACCAGCUCGCCCGAGUGAUUUCCGUAUUCAGACACUCCUAUCGUCGUUUUUUCACACUCGUCUUGAUUCCGUGCACUGUGGCUUUUUAAGUGACCUGGCAUGUGAACUGCUCACUCGCUGGAAGUUUCAAAAUGACAAGCUGUCCUUUUUUCUUCAGUUCCUGAGUGACAACUUUCCAGCGCUUCACACGCAGGUCUCAGGCUUCCCCGUCAGCUCAUCUCGUUUGAUCGAAGGGCAGGUAAUUCACAGGGACUUCUCUACGCCGUGCCUCCAGGUCCACAAGCAGCCGGUCAGAGCUGCAGUCUUCACAGAACACCUGCAGCCAACGAUUCUCCAUCAAAGCUACGUGCUGGAGCUGCGCUGUGGCGGCCGGGUGACGGGCGAGGAAAGCAUCGUGCCGUUUAGCGCUCGGACAGAGCGGUCACUGGAGAGCGUUAUCGCAACUCUGCAGAGUUUUGGAGUCUCGUUGCUUUUGUGUGCAGUGAAGCAGUCCACUGCUGUCUUGGCUUUAGCUGCACGGGCAGAGAUGUGCCUUGUGGAGUGUGUCAGCGAAGACGAACUUUCUCUUUUUGUCCGGCUAAGUGGGGUGACGCCCAUCUCAGACUGCUGGAGGAUUCAGCCAGAGAACAUUGCUACGCUGACGUUUUGCAGAGCAAUAUUGCUCGGAGCCCACAGAUAUGUCCAUGUGGCUUUCUGUGAUUCAUCAGGAGUUAAACCUUGCAGUCUAGUGAUUUGUGCUCCAGGAGAAGCACAAACGGACCAGUGCACAAGUGCAUUUCAAGAUGCAGUUCGCGUGCUACUAACCAUGUGGGAGCCCGUAUCUACAACUGAGGCCACGACACUGAAGAAUCCCGUUCAGCCACAUGAAGGGACAUCUUUACAUGCACACUGUCCUACUGGAAACGCAGCAUACAGAUCUGAUACGUGUGCGUUAAAGCCAGGUUGUGUGAUUCCCGCUGGUGGGACAUUUGAGUUUCUCUUGCACCAUGGCCUCACACAACAUAGCCGCAGUCACUCAGCUUCGAGCUGCACGAAUCUGGGUGUCAACGUUUGUCAGAUCCUGGCGAACACCCUCCUGAGUGUGCCUCGUCAGAUUUACUCUCACCAUCCCAAACGUUUCCUGCAGGCUCAAACCAGGAUCACGAGUUUAAUUUCAGAUCGGUCCCGUCCUUUUAUGGCGUUCAAAAACGUUGCAAAUGAAGAUCCCGACCGAGGCGACACACCGUCAAAGCGUUUUAUGCUGGACUUGGGCCUCGAGUCCAUUUCCUGUAAGUACCAGCUGCUCCUGGCCGUGCUGCAGUGCGCCACAAGUCUGCUCCGAGUGGACGCGAUGGUACGAACGCACACUGCUUUAUGCUCACCGUCACACAAACUCACAAACAUUUCUGAGGAGAGCACAGACGACGAGACAGAAGACUGAAACCCAAGACUGUCAUCAUUGUGUUUUCUGUGAACUCUAAGAAAACCUUCAAAAGCUGGAUGAAAUAAUUUGCACUAAUUCAGACUGUUACAGCAAUCUUACCCUUGUAUAGUUUUUAUGUUCCUCUGCAAUGCAAGGUUUUUAAAACAAGUGUUAAAUUAUUUUACAUUAGUUUUGCUAGUUUUGUGUUAAAGUGAGAUUUGUUAAGAACAGUAAAAAAGAAAAUACAAAUAUCCUGUUUAUUUUAUUGUACUCACAGUAAAUUAUUUAGUCUUGGAAAGAG